AUGGAUCACAAACUGGUGCUCGCCACUUUAGCACUGCUGCUCAGUGUCUCACAGGGCAAGCCUCUGAAGGGGGACCAAAGUGGAAAAGGUCAAAGAGAAAGAAGUAGCCCAAGGAUCCCUGAAGAUAAGGAUGUCUUCAGCAUCAUCUUAGAAGCCAAUAAAGAAAUCAAAGCGCAUAUGAUGGAGGGUGACAUUGUCGUGUCAAACUCCAGGAAUGCCAUGAACUGCCCGGACAACUCAUGCUUUUGGCCGAAGGCCUCUGAUGGAUUUGUUUAUGUGCCUUAUACGAUCUCCAGUGAAUACAGUGCUGAAGAGAAGGCAAUAAUCUCCAGUGCAUUCCCAGACUUCGAUGUACAGACCUGCAUUAGAUUUAAACCACGAACUACAGAAAAAGACUACGUAAAUAUCAGUCCCCAGAACGGCUGCUGGUCCAAUAUUGGAAAGUAUAAAGGCGCUCAGCAAGUGUCCCUGUCAAAGGGAGGCUGUGUUUACAAAGCCACGGCUCAACAUGAGCUCAUCCAUUCGCUAGGCUUCUAUCACGAGCAGAGCAGACCUGACCGCGACAGCUAUGUCAGAAUCAACUGGCAGUACAUCCCAGAAGACCAAGCUCAUAACUUUAACAAGCAGGACAUUAACACCUUGGGCAUGCCAUACGACUACACCUCCAUCAUGCAUUAUGGAAGGGAUGCUUUCUCAAAUACAACUGGACAGCCUACUAUUGUACCCAUUCCAGAUGAAACGGUAGAAAUCGGACAGAGAAUAGCAAUGUCUCCUAGAGAUAUUCAAAAGAUCAAUAAGCUUUAUGGCUGCAGUAAGUACAAUGUGCCUCAUUGUGGCUGCAGGUUCUUAUCCAAUUCAAAUCUGCUGUUUGAUUCCCUUCCUAGAUUGCAAUGCGGAGGCAUACUGACUGCUGUGAGUGGAACUUUUACAUCUCCCAAUUAUCCACUGGAAUAUCCCACUAAUACAGACUGCACAUGGAUCAUCAACGCCCCUAAAGGGUACAAGGUCUCACUUACCAUCAGUUCCUUUGAUGUGGAGUAUUCUGAUGACUGUUCCUAUGACUAUCUCAUUCUCCGAGAUGGACCCAAGACUACAUCCACUGUACAGCAAACCUAUUGUGGCUCUGAACCCAUUCCCUCCUUCACCUCCAGUGGAAACGCUGCAGUGGUUCAGUUCCACAGCGACGACGUAGAAGUCGGGAAGGGAUUCUCAGCCAAGUACAAGUUUG